CGCAGAAGGAAGCGACGCCGGCGCCCUGCCCCCUCGACUCGCUCUUUCUCGUGGCCCAAGAUGGCGGCGGCGGCGGCUCCUCUUGGUGCUGCUUCUCCUCCUGCCGAGGCGGCCUUCCUGGGCUUCGGCCCCAACUCGCGCGACCCGGGCCGGCUCCCUUCGCGGCGGGCGGGGGGCCUGGGCGCCAGGAACCGCAAGAAGGGCUGGAAGCGGUGGCGGGGGCCGGAGGCCAAGCUCGGCCGGGACCUGGGAGACUGGCUGGAGGAGAAGGCGGCCGAGCUGAGGCAGCUGGGGUGAGCCUGGCAGCGAAUCUCCUCGGCGGGAGCGCGGGGGGCGGUCGAAGCGUGGAGCCUCCAGGUUCGGGGGCAGCCUAUAUCAUCCCCCAGGAGGGCUGAGGGGGGGAAUCACCAUACCCGGCGCGGCGCGCAUGGUUUGCCUCUGAAGGGGCCUAUGGCCAUAACCCAGCAGGGCUCCUGUUGGAAUAGGCUGACAAACAGCCCCCUGCUGGGUCAGGACCCAGAGGCCCAGGACCCAAACAGCCCCCUGCUGGGUCAGGGCCCAAGACCCAAACAACCCCCUGCUGCUCAGGACCCAAACUGCCCACUGCUGGGUCAGGACCCAAAGGCCCAAGACCCAAACAGCCCCCUGCUGGUCAGGACCCAAAGGCCCAGGACCCAAACAGCCCCCUGCUGGUCAGGACCCAAAGGCCCAGGACCCAAACAGCCCCCUGCUGGGUCAGGACCCAAAGGCCCAGGACCCAAACAGCCCCCUGCUGGUCAGGACCCAAAGGCCCAGGACCCAAACAGCCCCCUGCUGGUCAGGACCCAAACAGCCCCCUGCUGGGUCAGGGCCCAAGACCCAAACAACCCCCUGCUGCUCAGGACCCAAACAGCCCCCUGCUGGGUCAGGGCCCAAGUCCCAAACAACCCCCUGCUGCUCAGGACCCAAAGGCCCAGGACCCAAACUGCCCACUGCUGGGUCAGGACCCAAAGGCCCAGGACCCAAACAGCCCCCUGCUGGGUCAGGACCCAGAAACCCAGGACCCAAACAGCCCCCUGCUGGGUAAGGACCCAGAGGCCCAGGACCCAAACAGCCCCCUGCUGGGUCAGGACCCUCGCCCACAGCACCCUGUUCUCACAGCCAGAUAGAUAGAUGCCCACAAGCUCUUCUUCUCUGGUGAUCCCUAGUAGCCGAGUAAGAUUGUGUUCCAUGAACGUGGUCUUAACAGUGAGUCUGUAAUUGACUGUGGAGGCCAAUUCUGGACCCACACAUCGUUCCAUAGUGGGGAUAUAGGUUUUCGGGUGGGAGUCGAUCACGGUGUGGAUUUGGCAAGCAUGGCUUCCUUCCUCUUAGCACGUUUCUCCCUUGCGUCCUGAGUUCAAGUGUCUUCAAAGAAGUGUGCAUGCACGCAAAAGCUCAUACCAGUUGGUCUCUAAGGUGCUACUGGAAGGAAUUUUUUUAUUAUUGUUUUGUUUCAAAGCCCACAACACCUUUGGUAAAGGCUGUUUUCCAAAUGGAGCGCUCGCAGGCCAGUGUUUCCCAGUUGUCGGUCUUUAUACUACAUUUUUUUCAGAUUUGCCUUGAGACAGUCUCUAAACCUCUUUUGCUGACCACCAAGAAAAUUCCGAACUUAAAAAUGGAAAGCACAAAGCUGGUGGAACCCUCCCCACUGGUGAUUCCCAGCCUUUAGUAUUCAGGGGCUCAGUGGAGGGAGGACUUGGUUGUCACGGCUACUGAUAGCCUUGUGCUCCUUAGUUUCCAGCCAAUUUGGCUUUGGGAUUGCUCUCCUGUACUAUUUUAGACAUGUGGUUUAUAUACUUAUGAAUGUGUGUUUACCUUGUGCAAUUAUCAACAUUUAUUCUAUAUUUGAGACCUUAGAAUUCCUUUAACUGUGCCCUUCCCUCCGUCUUGUGGCAGUGAAUUCUGCUGAUUAGCUUUUUUAAAAAUUAGUUUUAUAUACUGCCUUAUCAUGAAAUCUCAGGGAGCCAGUGUGGUGUAGUGGUUAAGAGCGGUAGUCUCAUAAUCUGGGGAACCGGGUUCGUGUUUCAGCUCCUCCACAUGCAGCUGCUGGGUGACCUUGGGCCAGUCACACUUCUUUGAAGUCUCUCAGCCCCACUUACCUCACAGAGUGUUUGUUGUGGGGGAGGAAGGGAAAGGAGAAUGUUAGCCGCUUUGAGACUCCUUAAAGGGAGUGAAAGGCGGGAUAUCAAAUCCAAACUCCUCCUCUUCUAUGUGUUGUGUGAUUCAGUUCUUCACUUGUCCCAAAUCUCCCACCUAUCAGGCUUCAUUGGAUCAACCCCAUUAGGGUUCUAGUAUUACAAGAGGUAGUGGAAACAAUCUCUCUAUCCACAUUUCCCAUGUGUGGUUUCAUGCACCUUUCUUGUGCCUGCUUGCCUUUCUUUGUAGAGAAUUGGAGAGGUUGAAGAUGAAAUAACAAGAGGGGUUCUGGGAGGAGUCAGUUGCAGAAGUGCGGGGAGAUAAUUACUAAGGAGUACACGAUGAUGCACCCACAGUUAUGGGGCACUGGUGUGCGGCUGACAUUAUGGGCUGGACCCCUCAAGGAAGCCAAACCUUUGAAAGGAGAUGUUUUGUUGGUGGUGCAAAUAGCCAGUGUGGGUGCAGAUCUUGAGGACAUUGUGGAGUGGCCUGAGAUUUGGAUUGGCAGUGUUUAUUAUUGCAUUAUUUAUAUAUAUAUAUGCCACCUGAGAAGCUCAAUGUAAUGUAUGUGGUUCUUCCCCCCCCCCCAUAUUUUAUACUCAGCAACAACCCUGUGAGGUAGGUUAGGAUGAAAGAUGGUGACUGACCCAAGGUUACCCAUUGGUCUUCAUGACUUGAGUGGAGAUUCAAACCCUGACCUCCCAGGUCCUAGUCCAUCACUAAACACUAUACCACACUGGCUCUCUGUGUUGUUAUGAUACAGGAGCAGAACGGUAGCUGUUGGCUGGAUAAUUUAUUUUUUCCCUUCUCUCCAGAGGACCUGUGUCAGAGAAACCCAAUGAAACCCUCUUCUUCGUAGACACUGGCGUUCAAGAAAAAGGUAAGAGGCUGCAACAAUCAAGAAGAGUCAACUUGGGUCGUGAAUACCAGAGAAAUUGGAGCCUGGAUCAAAAGUGUUCCCAUUGCAUGCAGUAUAAGCUGCCUCCUGCAGUUGGACUCGCAAAUCCUGCUCUCAACUUACUUCAUUGUGCUGUUUGUUGAUUGUGCCUCUGAUGAAUCCUUGGCUUGCAUUUUCCUUCCAGGCCGAAAACAGAAGUGUGGCAAAGAGAAGCCGUUGAGGAUUGACUUGAUCCUGCAGCCGGAUUCCAAAGUGCCUCCACCCAAAGAGUAAGUCAUCUUCUGGGUUGUGCAGAAGAGACUGUAGGAAACCCGUUGCCUGUCUGGUGCUCUUGAUAUCCCCCAUCUGAGCCUUUGAGCUUUAGGGAGACAAUUAGAGGCAAGAGAGGAAGGGUGCAGCCAGGCAGGAUAAGUUGUAAGUUUGGGAGCGCCAGCGCUGACUUGCAUAACACCCAGCAGGCUGCCCUUCGCACAGUCUCUUUACACAACUUGGUUCACUGAACUACAUUGGAGCCUUUUUCUUACUCUAGAUAUGACCAUAUUGCAAGCACUCCUCCAGGAGACUCUGGAAAUAGAAAUUCACAGUAAUAAUUUCCUUCCAUUUUGUUGCCUGUCAGAUUCUCAGGGAAGUGUGAGUGUUUCUCUCCUACUUUUUGGCCUUUGCAGUAUUGGGAAUUUUUCAGUAUUUCUCCUCCCCACAAAGUUUAGUUCAGCCACUUUUUCAUCAUAUGACUUAGACUCUUUAGGAUGCACUCCUUACAGCUCUGUGGCUUCUUUUCUAGCUGGUCAAUGUCCUCCUUUGAACUACUGUUCUCUUUAGGUAGCUUGCCUCUCCAAAAUCCCAUGGGCCCAGAGUAGGCCCUGUUCUUGCUGCCCUGAGAUUAAAGGUGCUGCUACAGUAUCGGGAAGUAAAGUGAGGGAGCAACCAGAGGGUUUUUCGAGUUGCUAUGUAUGAUUCUGGAAGUGGGGGAAAGGGCUGGUUCAUGUCCUCUCGAUAAGAAACUGCCUUGUACAGUAUUUAUCCAUUUACCUCAUAAUUGUCAGCAUCGGCUGAUGGUGGCUCAGCUGACGGCAAUCCUGGUUGACCAGGGGUAGGCAACCUAAGGCCCAGGGGCCGGAUGCGGCCCAAUCGCCUUCUCAAUCCUGCCUCCGGACGGUCCGGGAAUCAGCAUGUUUUUAAAUGAGUAGAAUGUGUCCUUUUAUUUAGAAUGCAUCUCUGGGAUAUUUGUGGGCCAUAGGAAUUUGUUCAUUAUUUUUUUCCAAAAUAUAGUCCAGCCUCCCACAUGGUCUGAGGGACGGUGGACCGGCCCAUGGCUGAAAAAGGUUGCUUACCCCUGUGCUUGACCAAGAACUUGUUUUUAUUCUCCUUAGCAUCCUCGCUCACCAGGUUCCCAACGGCAAGAAGCUAAAGAGGAAGCAGCGGCUUUGGGAGAAGUUGACGGAGAAAGGGGUGGUGCCACGGAAAGAGCGCCUCCUUCAGGAGAGGUUGCAGAAGCCCCCGGCAGUGAAAGCUGCAGAAGCAGGCAGCGGCAUCGAUCCUUCCAGGACGUUCUAUGACAUGUGGUCAGACUCAAGUAAGUCAAGACGGCAGUCAGGUGCAAUAAUUCUAUCCCUAGCUCUAGAAAGAGAGAGGAGUCUUGUGAGUUAAAGUUAGGUGGGUGGGACUUGAGAGUUUCACUGCUGCUACCCCACCCCCCUUUAUAAACAGGUGUAGUGGAGUAGAGGUUACAUCUUUUUGGAAGGUCCAGCAGGUGAGCAUAGCCUCAUGCUUUGGUUAUAAGUCAGCGGUUAGCAAGCCAGUUUUCAUGGGAUAUUGGGCCUGAGUGGAGUUCUAGGUCUCCUGAAGGGUAAAAGGUAAAAAGGUAAAUAACCCCUGGACGGUUAAGUUCAGUCAAAGGCAACUAUGGGGUUGCAGCAGUCAUCUCGCUUCAAGCCAAGAGAGCUGGCGUUUGUCCACCGGCAGCUUUCCGGGUCAUGUGGCCAGCAUGACUAAACCACUUCUGGCAAAAAGGAACACAGUGAGUGCACGGAAACACUAUUUACCUUCCUGCCGCAGUGGUACCUAUUUAUCUACUUACACUGGUGUGCUUUUGAACUGCUGUGUUGGCAGAAACCGGGACAGAACAAUGGGAGCUCGCCCCAUCACACGAAUUUGAACUGCCAACCUUCCGAUUGGCAAGCUCAAGAAGCUCAGUGGUUUAGACCACAGCACCACCCGUAUUUUGAAGGUCAUUGUAUGUGGCCCAGCAUCUCACGUAAAGCAUCACCUAAGCUACAGGCCAGUUCCUUUGCGUGCAGCAUUUGCAUGUAUCUGGAGGGAAGCUCUAGUGGCAUGUGAGGGCGUUGGUGUCCAGCUAAUUCAAUAGGAUGUUGGUCUGUGUGGAAGCUACUUGCAUGCAGGCUACUUUUGCCCUCUAGCAUCUCAAAUACAUUUGCCCUAGAGAUGAAGGACAAAGUUGUGUCACCCUUCCACAUAUCUAGUUGUCCCGGGUUGCAUUGCCAUAGCUGACGGGGGCUGAGAACACCCCACAGUAGUUGCUUUUGUUGAAAAGUGGAAACAUUCCUGGAAACAUCUGAGAGUCGUGCAAGGAACGGCUGGUGUAUUUUGCAGCAGGUUGUCCUCUCACCUGUAUCUCCUUGCUCUUCCGGUCAUGUUUUCUGCGGCUCAUCUUCCCUUCUCCACGUCUCCGCUUCAUGCCUUGCGGUGCCGUGAAUGGCAUGGGUGAAACCUUGCCAUUAGGAGGAACCCAACCACCUAAUCUGACACUUCUUGAACCCAACUCCACUUUUCAACAAUGCCGUUUUUCAAAAACAAAACAAAACCCAACCUGGUUGCUUGUUCAAAAUUAUGUUUUGCGGGUAGAAUGUGCCUGGUUUGCAAGGACAGCAGAAGCUUAAAGGCAGCAGUUUGAAAUGUCAUUUCAUACUUGGUGUGAUGCAGGCGUGAUACCACCUGCUGCGCCAUUUAUUCACUUCUUACCUGCGCAGGUUGAUGUAGGUGUGCCUGUUACCUAGAUGGCCAUCCUUUGUGGUCUUGGUGCGUGUGUGUGUGUGUGUGUGUGUGAAGUUUGUGUCUCUUCUGGGGACAUGCACUGUACAUUCCCCACUCCCCAACACAUGGUUGAAUCUCUUUAUCUCUAGUAGACGUACCUGUAAUCACAUGCGUGUAUCGGCUUCCUGGUUUUGUCUUCAUCCCCUCCUCCUUUUCUACGGUACAAGAUGUGUACCUGUUCCAGCUUUUAAUCUCUUCAGCUGGGAGGGGAAGGAAGUCAGCGUGGCCUCCAGAUUCUAUCUAGGUCAUGGUCCAGUGUCAUGCUAGCUUUCUCCAGGAGAGGUCAGCACUCACACAGCGACAUGCUGAAAAUGAUCUUUUUUAGGAACCCAGGGGUGGAAUCUCUCCUGCGUCUCUUUUUUCCUUUGCCCCCCCCCCCCCAAAUUAAAAUAAAUCCUGGCUGUUUUAAGAAUUUGUGAUAUCUUAAAAGUUAUGAGGGCUUCCGGUAGUUAGAGAAGAGAUGCUGAGAGCUAUUCGUCUUGAGUUCUCUUUCCAGCUUUGGCUGGGAAGGGGCGGGGAGACGAAGAGAGCACAGGCUGGCCUCUGGGACUCUCUUCUGUGACCCGGAGACUGCAAAGGGCAGCCCAAUGGCAGAGAGAGUCAUCUGCUAGGUUGGCUCCCUAAGCAGACGUACCCAGUUGGCCAGGCUGGCCCUGUGGGAUUUCCCCUUGCGGGGAAUCCCUCCCACAUGCUCUGCAUGUUGCUUCCAGCGGGAGUUGCCUGGCGCUUCUGGCUCAGCGAACAAGGUGGUGGGCGGUGAUUGGCAUUUCUCUCCAUCCCGGCUGACACUCAUUCAAGCAGGUUGGAGCAGCUACAGUCCUCCCUCGCUCCCCCUCCCCUUUUCUCCCCUGCCUUCAGGUGUCUGUUGUGUUUAUCCUUCCCAGCUGCUGCCGCUGCUACCGCCGCCUCCUCUCUUCCUGCCCCCCCUCCACCCCCCCAUCUGCUUGGGGUCAAAGGUUCAGGGCUAAUCUAAGUGCUUCAGAGGACAAAAUGACCUCCCUCCAGGCCACUGCCCGGUUCCCGUGGGUGGCUGGAACGUGACUGCCCGCCCACACUCUCUGGCCAGGUUGGCAACUGUUGCCAAAGCAGAGCAGGCCAGUAUGUGUGCUGAUGGGGGGGGGGGUAGAAUUGAGUGGCUGCAGCCCUAGAGGCUGCAUCUCACACCUUGUUCAGAAGAAGCAGAAGCUCAGGCUCUUGCUGGCCUUGUGACAUGGCUUUCUAUCUCCUCCCCUCCCUCUUUUGUCUUUGCAGACCCGCUGGACAAAGCCCUGGCUGGGAAGGAUACCUGGUUCCUGGAGCAGACCAAAAAACAGCCCGUGAAGGUAUGUGGGGGCCUUCGCUUUUGAGCAGGGGUGGUUGCGUGGGGAGCCGGGGGCCGCUUCAGCCUCUCUUUUCCUUUAUCUCUCCUUAGCGCCCGGAGCGUCUGCAGAAGCCUCGAUCUCAGCUGCCGGCCGUGGAGGUCAUUCCCCCAGGAGGGUCCUACAACCCCAGUUUCGAAGCCCACCAGGUAUCUGCAAGCCUUUCCACCUGUGGGGAUGUGGCUGCGGCACUGCUAGGGAUUGGGGAAGGAGCCAUGGGCAAUGGGAGGGGGCAUAGGCAAUGGAGGCGCCAGGGGAACACAUCACACUCUUUUGAAGUGGGGGUGGGGUACCGUUUUCAAUUCAAGGGCCACAUUUCCUCAUCAGCAAGCCCCCAGGGGCCACAUGCCAGUGGCAGGCGGGACUAGAGUCAGAUUUGGACAGCGCAGAAGUUGUGACUCUCAGCUAUGUGCAGCAGGCUAGAUUCAGUUAGAGGUGUCUAUGCACAUGCACACAUUAUUUUUAUCUGUUGUAUUACAUUGAUAAACCACCUUCACCUUCCAAGGAGCUCGAGGUGGGUUAGGCUAAGGCAGGGGUCAGCAAACUUUUUCAGCAGGGGGCCGGUCCACUGUCCCUCAGACCUUGUGGGGGGCCAGACUAUAUUCUGAAAAAAAAAAUUGAAUUAAUUCCUAUGCCCUACAAUUAACCCAGAGAUGCAUUUUAAAUAAAAGCACACAUUCUACUUAUGUAAAAACACCAGGCAGGCCCCACAAAUAACCCAGAGAUGCAUUUUAAAUAAAAGGACCCAUUCUACUCAUGUAAAAACACGCUGAUUCCCGGACUGUCCGCGGGCCGGAUUGAGAAGGCAGUUGGGCCAGAUCCGGCCCCCGGGCCUUAGUUUGCCUACCCAUGGGCUAAGAGGUGGUGACUGACACCAUGGUCACUCAGCAUUAGCUUCAUGGCUGAGUGGGGGAUUCAAACCCUGGCCUCUCCCAGGUCAUAGUCCCAGGACUCUAACCUUUAUGCCACACUGGCUCAGCCAGCCAGCCAGGCAAAUGAGUGAUAUCACAGUUUAAUAAAACAUUGCAGCCAGGAAACAGCACCCAGGGAGGGUGUGGAGCAGGGCUGGCAAGGGACGUGGCUUGAGAAGGAUCCUGAGGGCCAGAUGGAGAGGGCUGAAGGGCCACAUUUGGGCCUGACUUGGAAGAGAGCGUUCCAGGAUGAGUGAAGCAGUCUCUUAAGCAUCACAGCGGAGGUCCCACGAGGGAUGGCUAGGCCUGUUCCUCCGCUGUUCACGCUGCUCCCUCCCCCUUUGCAGGCCCUCCUCCUCCAAGCCCACGAAGUCGAGCUGAAGAAGCAGAAGGCAGCGGAGCGAUUGGAGCGUCAGCUGAAGUUCCCCACAGUGGAUGAAGCCCCCACUGAGGUGAGCAUUUAACCCUGCAGAAGGGAGUUCCACCGCUGAGGCUGUUGGGGAAUUGACCUGCGCCCUUGCUGGCAUUCUGACCUUGUUCUUGGGAGGGCAAAAACAAAAGCAGAAGGAGCAGAGGUGCCACCAUUGGACCAGAGGAUUGUAUCAAGUGAAGACUUGGUCAGGAUAUCCUGGGGCAAGCUUCCCCAACCUGGUGCCCUCCAGAUGUUGGACAUGGACUCCAGACCAUUGGUUAGGGAUUAUGGGAAUUGGAGUCUGAAAAGUGACGUCUGCAAGUUGCCAAGUUGUGGGGAGGCUGUCUUGGUUUUUUCCUCGGCUCACAAGAAAGCAGCAGUGUGUCCUGUUUGUGCAAAGAGUGCAGAGGGCCUUGUCUCGGAUAGAGUCAGUCAAGCUCUCCUGUCCGUUACCUUCUCCUAAGAGCACAUCAUUAUGCCAUCCUUUCCAUGUUUGCCAGGGUCACUAAAGCUGCAGAGGCCCAUAAAAUGACAAUGGCUCAUCUAGGCCGGGGCUUUUCAAGCUUUCAGUCCCAAGGAAAACGCUUCCCACAUUUUUAUCCCUGCUAAGUUGCUUCUGUGCAUUACAGGAAGAGAUUCUUGGGGUUGGUAGAGAGAGGAGUUUUCAGCACCUGCAGCUGUCCAGUGUGAAAGGAGAGUUUGCAAAAGCUCCCAGAAGCUGCCUUUUCAUGGACGCUUACCUGCUGCUGCUGCUGCUGCUGCUGCUGCUGCUGCUAUUGAUCUUCCAGAGAAGCCCCGCAUAAACUUCCUAGGGAUGCAGCGUGAGAAUUACAGGUUUAGGUAAACACGUUGACAGUUCAGGUACUGCAUGACAAAAUCACAAUUUGUCACUUCCUCGCUUUUUAGUGCUUUUUAGUAGGUGUGAUCCUGGAGGGGUGAGCUGUGGUGUCGCAGCCUGGCAGCAAUAAGUCAUCGUGCUUAUGUAGAUGAAAAGUUGCCACUUGGUGGCUCUCAGCCCCUCCUCGCUGAAUCCUCUUUUGCGGAGGACCAGGAAAGGGUAACGUGGCCGCUUUGCCCGUGGUUAGCACCCCUCUCCCGCUAGAAGCAAGCCAGUUUCCUCACUUGGCCUGAGGAGAGCGUAUAUUUAGCCUCCUAAUAGGCCUUAACCCUACAGCACUAUAUCAGUUUAAAGGGAUGUGCCGGCCUCUGAGAAGAUGUAAAUAAUCCUGCCCAGAGGCGCCAGGGCCUGGCAUUGAGGAGCAGCAGCAGCAGCAGCCGCCUCCCACCAAACAGCAAAAGCCCCCAAGCCUAGGGAAGGAGCCAGGAACCAGCCUAAGGCUUGGAAGAGCCAUGCAAGAUCCUGUGUCCUGGGUCUUUCUGUACGUCGAAUUUAAAUGCAGCUGAGGGCUUUUAAGUGUUACUUUUUGGAGUCAGAGACUCAAUAUAAAUGCGUUGGUAUGAGGUACGUGCGUUUCCCGUUUUGGGUGCCAUGCCUUGGCAGUGACCAGCCUUCAAUUUAAGCAUUGCCGGUGGGGUUUGGGCAAGACUUGCUGGAGAAACCAAGCCAUAUCCAACCUUCUUGUGUUGAAAUACAAAGCCCUGGUCAGUGUGGGUCCAGGAUAAGGGCCCCAGAGCCCUUGUAUCCCUGCUCAGUCACUGAAAUCCAGAGGAGCAUUGUGGUACCUCUGGUUAUGUACUUAAUUCGUUCUGGAGGUCUGUUCUUAACUUGAAACUGUUCUUAACCUGAAGCACCACUUUAGCUAAUGGGGCCUCCCGCUGCCAGAGCACGAUUUCUGUUCUCAUCCUGAAGCAAAGUUCUUAACCCGAGGUACUAUUCCUGGGUUAGCGGAGCCUGUAACCUGAAGCGUAUGUAACCCAAGGUACCACUGUAUUACUAAUUAUUAACUGCUUAGAUAAUGGCGAUGCUGCUGCAGGGAGUUCAGGGGGACCUGCCGAUAGCCUGGGUUGUAUCCAGUGUUAGUCAUACUCAAAGUAAACCCACUGAAAGUCAGGGGGGUUAUUGGAUUGUUUUGGUUUUACCGUGUAUUUCGUCUUCUCCUUUUGUGUUUUUCUGUUGUGAACUGCCCUGGGAUCUUCGGAUGAAGAAGAAUAAACAAUAGAGCAAUAAUAAUUGUUAGCUGUCCUUCCAUGUACAGAGGCCCCGUUGGCCUCCACUAGAAGUCAGUCAUAUAGCAUCGCCAGGCCCUUGCAAAGGAACACUCUUCCAGCCAAGAUUUUGCUCUCUUUUUGACCUUUAGGUAUCUGUUACGAGACAUGUUCGUGCCAACAGGCCCUUUGUAGCUGCUCAGUUUUAUUUUAUUUUUUUAAUGAUUACCUGCCUUGUUCUUUAUUUUGUGUUUCAGUGUUGGACACUGAUAUUUUAUGAUAUGGCUUAUGCUUAUAGGUAAAUGAAAUAAAACCACACAGGGUGUGCUGAACCCUGUCUGGCUCCUUUCAAAUAUAUCGAUGUGCCGGCAGAAGCUAUCAUGCAGAAUGAAAUGGGAAAGAGCUUUUUGCCUUUGCAACAGCCUUCUUCUCCGUAAGAGAGUUGGCACAUCCUUUGAAGACAAUUGAUCAAACUCUAUCAGCCGUUGUGAGAAGACGCAGCCCAGGCAGGGUGUGCGAUGUUUCUCUCCGUCCCCAACCCAUUCCUAAUAAUGCAACUUCCCUCCGCGCUUGCAGGAGAUGGUGUUCCAGGAGCAGUGCGAGGGCCUCUUGGAGGAGGAGUCAGACGGCGAAGGGGGGCAGGAGAGCCCGUCGGAACCUCAGGAGGGAGAGUCGCAGGCGGACACCGCUCCCAUACCUCAUCUGCCCCGAGUGGCGGCAGGAGAAAAGAAAACAGAGCGCCAGCGGAAAAAGGAGAAGGAGGCCAAGCGGAAGGUGGGUUUGCCCUCGGUCUAGUGCAAAACUUACACACAGCCCCAGAUUUGUGGUUGUGCCUGAGCCCCUCCCUUAUAUCCCAGAACCAUAGAGUUGUAGACUUGGAAGGCUCCCUAGAGUCAUCUGGUCCAGCCGCCCUUCUGAAACACAAAAAUUGCAGCUAAAGAAUUCCAUACAGAUGGUCGUCCAACUUCUGUUUAAAUACUGAGGUUCUCCCCUAUGUUCUGGGGUAGUCCGUCCUGCCGUGGAACAGCUCUUACCCUCAAAGUUCUUCCUGAUGUUUAGUCAGGAUCUCCCUUCGCGUCGUUUGAAUCCAUCGCUUUGGGUCCUACCCCCUGGGGCAGCAGGAAACAAGCUUGCUCCACCUUCCAUGUGGCAGCCCGUCGGGUACAGUCGUACCUUGGAAGUCGAACAGAAUCCGUUCCGGAAGUCUGUUGGACUUCCAAAACGUUCGGAAGCCAAGGCGCGGCUUCUGAUUGGCUGCAGGAAGCUCCUGCAACCAAUCGGAAGCCCCGUCAGACAUUCGGCUUCCAAAAUAGCAUUCGCAAACCAGAAUAGUCACUUCCGGGUUUGCAGCGUUUGGGAGCCAAAACAUUCGAGAACUAGGCUGUUCAAAAACCAAGGUACGGCUGUAUUUGAGGACGGCCUGUCAUGUCAGCCCUCAGUCCUCUGUUAGGCUAAACACAACCAGUCAAUGCCUGGUUCCUUGCACCUUCCACCUUGAAGCAAGUUCAGCCAAGUAUUCAGGCGUGUUGUUUUUCUAGAGCAGGGGUCCUCCAGGGGGUGAUUGGACUCCCAGCUCCCCAUUAGCCCAAGGCAGUGUGGACAGUGGUAAGAGGGGAUGUGGCCCCAACAGAAGGCCAAGGGACCCCUGUCCCUGUUGUGGAACAUGUCUUGGGAAAAAAUGGUUCGUUGGUUGAAAAACUUAAAAAUUGCAUAUGUAAAAUAUCAAGUGGCGGGGGGGGGUUCCAGUUGUAGUCCCCCCUCCACCCCAAAAUUAUGCACCUGGGUCUUUGUGUGACGUUUUCUUGGUCAUAUCUGGGUCAUUGCCUUUGGGGCCAUGGGUUGAUUUGCACCAGGGCUUUGGCCUGGGACUUUCAGUACUGUGGUGGAUUAAAGGAGGAUGCUCCUCUUUCCCUCAUAUUCACAAGAAUAAAUGCUUUAUUCUCAAUGUUCAUUAUUAAAGAAAUUAACACUUCUUUGUAAGACCUUGUCCAAAAGACUUCCCCAGCUCCUACGUGGGGCUGAAAAGAUAAGGUUGCCUUUGGUCACCCUCUAGUCUCAGACUGUGCAUGCCAUACACUUGAAGCACACAUGUGACCUUCUGCAAAGGAUCUUGGGAACUGAGCCACGUCCAGAGGCGGCAUUUGAAUUGGGGGCACCUUCUCUCCCAGCUCAGACUCUCCUCAGCACUAUGCAACAAUAACUAUCGUUGUGGUUGUUGUUGUUGUUGUUACUAUUACAGUGGUACCUCGGGUUAAGAACUUAAUUCGUUCUGGAGCUCUGUUCUUAACCUGAAAAGAGUGGCUGGGGAAACUCAGCCAGAUGGGCAGGGUAUAAAUAAUAAUUAUAUAAUUAUUAUUCUUAACCUGAGGUACCACUUUAGCUAAUGGGGCCUCCCGCUGCUGCCGCCUGAUUUCUGUUCUCAUCCUGAAGCAAAGUUCUUAACCCGAGGUAAUAUUUCUGGGUUAGCGGAGUCUGUAACUUGAAGCAUCUCUAACCUGAAGCAUCUGUAACCCGAGGUACCACUGUAUUUCUAUACCAUCCUUCAUCUGAGGAUCACAGGGUGGUUCACAAUAUAAAAACACAAAAAUACACAGCACAGCAACAAACAGUAACAAUAACACACACUCCCCAGUUUAAAAGGUCAUAGAUUAAACUAAUUAGCCAAAGGCUAAUUACAGCUGAGUUACUAUAGCCUCCCCUGCCUCUGAGGUGUGGGUGUGGGUUGUUUCUCUAUUCUCUUGUCUCUGGAAGUGAAGCUCACUAUAAGCAAAGCCACAAAACGGGCUCGUGGUUGCAUGGGGCAUGGCAGGUUCCCACAAGGCCUCUGGUGAACAGGGCUGUCCGUGCGCACCUUGUUCCUGCUGGAGCACAGAAAACCUACAAAAUGGAAUAGCUAGAGGAUUCGACUUCCUCAGCACCUCCCUUUCCUGUAAAAUCAAACACGACAUUUCUGGCCCCGGUGGUUAUGUGCUUGAAAGAAUCUUGACAUUUCUUUACUGAAGUCUCAGAAACCAGUGGGAAGUAGCUUGGUAAAAAGCAGGGGGAUUUUCUCCCAUGCAUAGCUGCUUCCUCCUCUUAAGCUGCAAAAAAAAAUUCAAAAUAAGAGGAGCCAAACCUCCAUAGCCCAUAUAGACUGUACGAUCCAGCUUUUCCUCAAGGCAAAGUUUGGUGCAAAAUGAUAGUUGUUCUAGUGCAGGGAUGCACAGACCAGUUGCCCUGUGAGUGCGUAAAAUGCCCUUUUGUUUUGUUUCUGUGUGUGUUUCUACACACGCCCGUACUCCUUCCUGUGCAGGCACCUAAGCCUCUGCCAGGGCUUGCUCCCUCAGCUGCCCUUGAGAAGCCGUGGCAAUCGGGGCUGCCUUCUGGGCCGGCUGCCAGAGCGAGCCUGAUUAUCCUCUCCACCGAUGCUGAUGUGGCUCGCGAACACGCGGCCAUCUGGCCAAGCCUGGCGCCUGCCAUCUGCUCCCUGCAGGAGCUACGCGGGAGCAGGGAGGACGCCAGCUCUCGGGGACGACCAGAGAUCCAGAGAGAGAGAGAUCCAGCGAUCCUGCGCUGGCAAGAGGGAAGGGGUUUGCCCUGGGCUACAGAGCACACCAUGGACAGCAAGGGGCAAAAGCGAGGAGGGAAGCCAUUCUCUCCCGAGCUGCUGCCUCAUCCUCUCUCUCUCUUUUCCCCCUCUGUAAACAGAAAGCUCGGGAAGCGCUCGAGAAGGCCGCCCGGCUCCGGCGGCAGGAAGUCUUCCAGCUGCGCGCCAUCCGGCUGCAGGUGAAGCGGAGGGAGGCGGAACUGCUUCGCCGGAAACGAGAGCGGGAGGCCAAGCGCAAGGCGGAAGAAAACAAGCCCAAGAGGCUGGGCAAGCUCAAGUAAGAGCCUGUUGAGGGGGACGCAAGGCUGGGGGGAGGAGGAGCUUGGCUAAGAGACGCCACGGAUACUGACCCCAUUCUCUCCACCCCUGCCAGGAAGGGAGCUCCAAAGCAGAAGGCCCGGUCCUUGUCUCACACUUCUCAGCAGGGCUAGAAACUCAGGAUAUAUCAGCUAGGUGACAAAUGGUUCCUUAAAGCAAGGUUUAAGGAAUGUCUCGUUGCCGUUUUGGGGCAGGGCUGCAAGUCUUGUUUUUCAAAGGGUGGGCUGACUGUGUUCGAUUCUCGGUUAAACAUUUGGCUAGUUCAGAGGACCACCUUGAGCUCGGUGGAGAGCUUUGAGAACUUUAAAGGAGAAAAGUCACUUGACUCAGGGACGGUCCACUUAUACAGUGGUACAUCUGGUUAAGAACUUAAUUCGUUCUGGAGGUCCGUUCUUAACCUAAGGUACCAAUUUAGCUAAUGGGGCCUUCGCUGCCACUGUGUGAUUUCUGUUGUCAUCCUGAAGCAAAGUUCUUAACCCCGAGGUACUAUUUCUGGGUUAGCGGAGUCUGUAACCUGAAGCAUCUGUAACCUGAGGUACCACUGUAUAUUGGCCCAUUCCGACCUCUCUUUCUGUACGGCAACUGCCCCUGCUCAGAAAAAGUGUUUUCGUACCCUGAAAUUCAUCCUGAGUGUGCAGAUAAAUUAUAACGGAUAGAAUUCGACAUGAAGGGGUAUUAGUGUGUGAAAACGGGCAUCUUCUCUCAGUCGCAAGCAGCCAGUAGCCAGGUGCAGAAUGUGCCUGGUGAAUUUUGAACACCGCUUCUCAGCAGCCCCCUAUUGUUUCCCCCUCUUGCGUGGCAGGUAUGAAGAUCCUGACCUGGACGUGCAGCUGAGCACUGAGCUGGCAGAGUCCUUGAGGACGCUGAAGGUGAGCAUUUGCAGGGCGGGCAAGAGGCUGGAUUCAGCUUCCCCAUCAAGCGUUCCCUUGGUCCCGUUGCUCCCCCCCCCAUUUCUCUGCCACCUCUUUGUUCUCUCUGUGCCGCCUUCUUGGGGUUGGCACAACCCUCGCUGCCCGCUUUCAAGCCAGCCCUUUUCAGAACGCAGCUUUCUAAUUCGGCCGCCCACUCCGAAGAUGGGCAGGCCAGCCUUGCUGGCAUUUGGAGGGGCUGCUGAGCGGAGUUAAGAGAGCCCCUUUGGAGUUGAGGGGUGGUCCGUUCCUCUCCAGGGGCCUCUGCGCUGUGCCCCCCACCUGCCCGCCCAUGCCUGCCUUCUUCCUUCCCUUGGUGUCCGAUGAUGAGACCCAUCCUUGCGCUCGGAGAAUUUGCAGCAAUUGCUUGCUGGGAAUGUGAAGUUCCCCAGGGGCUCCCUGGCCCUGCCGAGCAGGUGAGGACUGGGGAGCUGAGGCACCCAAGGAAGACUCUCCUUUCUUCUUUCUCUUAUCCCCACCCCCUUCCCAAUUUGGAACAGUUCUGCCAUUUCUGGGUACUGAACGACCAACAGACUUAGAAAACAGCCUCUCUAAAGGUGUCUUCUCAGAGUUGCUUACUGCCAGCGUUUGUGCCCCCUCUCUGGACCAGCUUGGGUCAGGGAGACCCACAAAUUCAUCCCAGUAUGUUGAGCUCUCAAACUCAUCUCCCCUCUGCACAAUUUGGACCAGUGGUUCCCCAAACAUUUUUUGGGCCACAUCCCCAGUGGCUCCUAUAAAAAAGGCAUUUUUGCAGCAUAGCGGUUUGCGCAGCCUACUAAGGAAUUACAGGCAUGGAAUUGUCGAGUUGGAAAGGGACCCCAAAGGUCAUCCAGUCCAAUCCCCUGCAAUGCAGGGGUCUCAACUAAGUCAUACAUGACAGGUGGCCAUCUUACAUGGGCAGGCAAACUAAGGCCCUGGGGCCGGAUGCGGCCCAAUCGCCUACUAAAUCCGGCCCACAGAUGGUCCAGGAAUCAGCAUGUUUUUACAUGAAUAGAAUGUGUGCAUUUAUUUAAAAUGCAUCUCUGGGCUAUUUGUGGGGCAUAGAAAUUUGUUCAUUUUUAUUUUUUUUCAAAAUAUAGUCCAGCCCCCCCUCCCCAAAGGUCUGAGAGACAGUGGACCGGCCCCCCCUGCUGAAAAGGUUUGUUGACCCCUGAAACCUCUGCUCGAACAAAAGAAUAAUAUUCAAAACAGUAUCAAUUAAUUGCGCAUUUAUUCAAAAUCCAGUUAGAACUAUUUAGUUUAAUUAUUUCUGCAAAACUGCUGAGCUUGACCCUGUGGUGCCAUUUUUUUCAAAGUCACUUACACCUCCUGCCACUGCCCCCCUUGCCCCUUAGCCCCCCCCCCCAGUGGCCAGCAGAGCCCACUAAGGGGACACCAGCUCUGGACAGUGCUGACUUCCUCUUCCUGUUGGGUGUGACCUUCGCCUUCCUGCAUCAGCUGACACCAUGGAGGGAGGAGGUGCUGCGUAGACAUCCCAGGGUGUUCUUCAGCAUCAAAAUUAACAUGAGAGAUGGGUCUUUCUGCAUUUGACUAUCUGAGAUGCCACAGAGGGAUUUCAUGUCAGUGGAGAGGCUGAGCUUCUGGAUUCUGUGGCCAGUAGCCCGAGUGAGAGGCCUGUUCUGCCUGUGUGUUGACUCCCCUUUCUCUUGAAAAAACCUGAUCGGCUGAAGUAGCCACCUAUUGCCAUGCACGGUAGCAGGGUGUUCCAGAGGUCUGUGGUGUGAAGAAUUAACUUCCUUUGGCAUUUGCCUUGCCUUUGUUGCCUCUUAGUCGUGGGGAGCAACCCCAUCAGAGGGCUUGUCCACAUACCCCUAUUUCACAGUGUCAGCGUCCCUGCGAUUGGUGAGCUAGUUUGGGAUUGCAGCUUCUCCAGCGCCAGCCAAUGAGCUUUGAGGCUGAGAAGGCUUUGUAGGUGGCUCCCCCCCCCCCCCGCCGCCACCACCAAAUGCUCUGUUCCCUCCCAGCUCCUCACACCUCCCCCCUCACAGGCAAAACUCCCAGAGCUCAUGCAAAACACCUCCAUCCCAGGGAGCAGGAAGGCACCUAAUGAGUGUACGUGAGGAGUUGAUGUUGUGCGAAGAGUCGCGCUCCCGACACCUGCAGUGUCUCUGCUGGAGGUGUUGGUGCAAAGAGGGGAGGGCUUCGUACAGCUGUUUCUCCCCCCCCCCCCCCACUGUAAGGAACACUGCUGAGACUUUCCAACUUUCUGGUGCAAAAGGGAAACUCUCUAGCCGACUGUACUGUGGGAAACGGUUAUGAUUUCCAGGAGACCUGGCGUGGGGAAUCUCUGGCUCUCUGGAUAAUACACCAGGGCCAACUCUCGGCCCCAGCAAUCAGGGCUGGGGAAGAUGGGAGUUUGAGCCCAAGAACAUCUGUAGAGCCACAGAUACCUCCCCAGAACCAGUCUCUGUGUUUAACUGUUACGGGCAAACUUGAAUGUUUGUGGAUUCGGGUUUUUUUAAUCCCCAACUGUGUGUUUAAUUUUGGGUUGUGUGUAAGAGAAGGUGGGGUAUUUUGUUCAAGGCAAACAAACCUUCACGGUUUUGACAUUGGCAGUAGAUUUUGGGGGAAAGAGGUGUUCUGAACCGCAGGCCCAAAGCGGGGCUUGUGUGAAUGGUUGGGCACAGGGAUACCAAGGACGUCAAAAACACGAGUGAUCUGUUCUAGUGCUUUAUUAAAGAAAGGUGCAGACUUAGAGGAAAUCGGCUUGCCAGUUCUCCUAGCCUUUGCAAAAGCAGGACAGAUACCAUAGCAGGGAGACGGUUUGUCCGUUCCUGAAGCAAACAGUUACACAUUCUUUAUACACAAAGCAGCAAACAUCACUCUGGCCCGGACCUCCCAUCGCUUCACCUGCCCAGAUGACUGCAUAGGUAGCAAAUACCCAGCAUUACCCCUUUCUGGUCUCAGAGCCCAGCACCCCAAGCCCAUAGAUAAGGAUAGCAUCAGAGCAAGUGAAUAUAAACAUAUAUGAGCUCGUUGCUGCAACAACUACCAAUUCAUUGUGGGGUUCUCUUGACUACCAAGAUGGUGCUUGCAGAGCUUCCGGAACAAUUUGCCUUUGGUUCAGCGUGUGAGGGCAUCAGGCACCGUUACUUCUCUUCGCCAUCUCCCCUUUCUCUGACAACCUGGAUGUUGUGCCUUGAGAACCGGUGAAUCCAGGUGUUAGCUGAAUUUUCCCCAAGAGUAGCCUGAUCAAGACUGCAUGGCACAUAAAUGGAUACUUGGCUAGGAAGGCUCUCCUGCCACAAGCCCCAGACUAUCGGGAUACCACAGGUCUCUUUGUGCUUAACAUGAACCCAGAUCUGUCACGAGUUCUGUUUCUGCUUCUUCCUCCAGCCCGAAGGCAGUAUCCUGAAGGACCGGUUCAAGAGCCUACAAAAACGCAACCUCCUAGAGCCCAGAGAACGUGCAAAGUGAGUGAGAAGGCAGCGUUGGCAGGGGUGACUUCAACAAGGAGCCCACUUGAUUUAUGUUUCUUAACUAGUCUCUGACUGGAAGAAGGCAAGCCAGAGUCAGCAACUCCUGCAGAGAGAUGGGGGUCAGCCUCCUCUGGUUGGUUCUUUAGGCCGCAGGGAGUCUUUCACUGGAAACACUUUCUGGGCAGCCAUCGGUCCAGGGAUGCUGUGGUCGCAUCCUGCAUUGCACAUCCAGCAUGGAGCUGGAGGGGAGGGAACGAGAUGACCUUCCCACUCUGUAAUCCUGAGUCUCUUGUUACUUCCUCCAAGCGGUUUAGCAGUUCUCUGAUGCCACAGUGGCGCGCCCAGAUUCAGGUAUUAAUGCAGUAAAUUACCCCCAGGGGGUGGGUAACUCCCUACACCUGUUGCCGGCUGUGGCCUCUUUAAACUAUGGGAUAUCGUGGGAUUAUCCACACUUGCUUAAACCUCUGAUAAGAUUUGCACGUUCCAGAGAGGAAGCUGAGAUUUCAGUAAAUUGAGAAAAUCGGCAAGGUCGGAGGUUCUCCUCUUGCUCCUCUCAUUCAUACAAUAUAAGCAGCAGCAGGAUAAUGCUGGUGUCUGUCUCUCUUCCUCCAUAGAACUGUGCCCCCCACCACCAGCAAAGAUUCUUUCUUAUUCAUUCAUUCAAUUUAUACACCGCCCUAUACCUGGUGGGACACGAGUGGCGUUGUGGGUUAAACCGCAGAGCCUAGGACUUGCUGUUCAGAAGGUCGGCGGUUCGAAUCCCCGCGACGGGGUGAGCUCCCGUUGCUCAGUCCCUGCUCCUGCCAACCUAGCAGUUCGAAAGCACGUCAAAGUGCAAGUACAUAAAUAGGCACCACUCCGGCGGGAAGGUAAACUGCGUUUCCGUGCGCUGCUCUGGUUCGCCAGAAGCGGCUUAGUCAUGCUGGCCACAUGACCCGGAAACUGUACGCCAGCUCCCUCGGCCAAUAAAGCGAGAUGAGCGCCGCAACCCCAGAGUCGGUCACGACUGGACCUAACGGUCAGGGGUCCCUUUACCUUUUUAAUAAAAUAUAUAUAUAUAUUUUAUUAAGGAUUUUCUUGUUUUACAGAAGUGUAGUGCCUCGUAUUUUUUUUUUCAUGUAACAUUUUUACAAAUCCGUUUCAUUUGUUGAGGCAUUCGGGGGACACCAAAAAAAAGAAAAAACAACGGGGGUGGAGAGUGGGAAGAUGGAUGGGGGUGGGGUCGGGUGGCGGUGUUUCUGUUAUGUUUAAUGUAUGUAGAGUUUGGUGUCAGCGUUGCUUGUGUUGUUCACUUGUGUUCCUUUGGUGGUGAGAGAGGGUCCCUUUACCUUUUUAUACCCGGAGGUCUCAGGGCCAUUAAGUCGUUGUGAAAACCCUGGGAGUUCUGUGUGGAUGUAGAAUGGCCUUUUCCAACUCCAUGUCCACCAGCUUGGCUCGCGGCUGAUGUGGGGGGUUGUAAUCCAAAACAUUGAAAGGCAACCACUUGCGGAGAGGGCGGGUGAGGCUGAUGUGUAGACCCUUUUGGCCGGUUCGCAAAUGUGUGUCCAGCACUUGGAUUUCUGUGCAUGAAGUGGCAAAUCAGAGAGCCUUUGAUUCCACUUCACAGCAGCUCAAAACACCGUGUUGUUGUUUGAAGGUGUUGCUUCACAUCUUUAAGCGGUGAGUCACAAAGUGCAAUAGUCACAGCUCUCCUGAGGACUUUGGGGGGAAACGUAAUCUCUAAGCCUUGGUGUGGGAGGGAGGGAGAGACACCUUUCAAGGGAGGUGGUGUGUGGCCUUUGGAGAGGAGAUGUCUCUGCAGCCAUGGCGGCUUGCCUUCCAGGUUGCUGUGCUUGGCUCUGGGCUUGUGUAUUUAGUAGUUCCUCUCAUUGAGGACUGUAAAGUCCCUAAACCUCUUGUGUCUUCCUUGUCAGGUUCAAGAGGAAAUACCGGGUGAAGUACGUCGAAAAGCGCGCCUUCCGGGAGAUCACGUAAGUGGUGGCAGCGCUUUGCCCAAUAGUGGCAGGCUAACCAGUCGCUCUUGCCCCCUGCCCCUCUAAUCUUGCUCCACUGUCCUUUUAUAUAUUACUUACUUAUAGAGAAAUGCGCAGCCUGCCCGGCUCAGAUGCAUCGUUACACAGGUUGACAACAGCUAAAAUCGCAGCAGCAGCAGCAGCAGCAUCGCACAGCCCAGACAGGCAUAGCAAACAGAAACGCCAUCUUCAGAUAAAAACAUCUACUGGCCAAGGUGAAAGCCUGCCAGAAUAAUAACAGCAAGAAGAAAAUACCUUUGCCAACUGGGGCAAGACAGCCAAAGCAGGGGCCGCAUUUUUUUAAAAGAUGGGAGCGGGGACUCCUUGCAGUAUUAAGCAAAGCAGUUGGCACAUAAGAGGGAGAUGUGCCCUUGUGUGCUAGCUUUCUCUUUGCGUGGAGUCAUUUCCAUAUGGGGAUGCUCGUGAGUGGCACCCCCACCUCUAGUUGUGGGGUGGUUCGGUCCAUUCUGCUGCCGCCACCUCCUUGCUGCCUCAUACUGUGGCCUGUCUCAGGUUUAGAGUCUGCUAGCCAUGGGAGAGGAGGCCUGAGGGUGCCAGGAUGAAGAUGCAAGGAAUCCUUAACAGGCAUUUGAGUCUAUUUGGGGGAUCAGGCUGUUCUUCUGGGAGUGGGGCAGGGGCUCCAUCUCCUAGAUGCCCUUAGAUCUCUGGCUAGCAUAUGAAACCCUUUCCUUAGCCUCUGAAGCCACGGGGCAAUUGACAGUGGAGUCCUUUCCAGGAGGCAGGGUGCACAAUGCUUCCGGUGGUCUGUGGUUAGGGCCAAGCUGAUCUUCCCCUCACUGCUAUUAUGUGUGCCACCCCCCUGGAAUCCUGGGAACUGUGGUCUGCUACAGGUGCUGGGAAUUGUAGCUCUGUGCGGACAAACUACAGUUCCCAUAAUUUUGGGCCAGGGAAAGUAUGUGCUUCAAGUGCAUGGUGUGUACACAGCCCAAAGCAAGUCUCAUCUUAAUAAUAUAAUAAUAACAUUUUAUUUCUAGCCCGCCCUCCAAAGCCGGGCUCAGAGUGGCUAACAACAGUAAAAUAAUACAGCAUUCUAAAAUCAAUUCAUUAUCUUUGCUUGGUUCUUGUCUUCUGGCCUUUCUCUCAGACCCAGUUCAGCUGGUUUUAGCAUCUCCCAGCUCCCUCUCUGCCUCCCAAGCUUACGCUGUUUGCCUCUUCUUUUGAGAGAGAUCCAGUCAUCCACUCCUGGUGUUGCUUCUGACUCCCCUUAAUUCAUUACUGUUCUCUCUUCUCUCCCUCCCCAUUCUGCAGGUUAUAGAACACGGAUUACGCCAGAGCAUCCCAGCAACUCGCCGUUUCCCCAAUCUUUCAUUAAAAUUCCAUAAACCGCACUCAGAUUGUA